AUGAUAUUUAUAAAUAUUUCUCUAAUUGUGUAUGUUCAUUGUGUUGCCAUAGGAAGUUGUAGUGCUCUAUAUGAACAAUGUGGUGGAAUCAAUUGGACAGGUCCAAAACAAUGUUGUAAUGGAUACACAUGUGUUUUCCAAAAUGAUUAUUAUUCACAAUGUCUUUUAACAACUGAAGGAUCGGGAUCUUCUAGCAAUACGCCUCGUCCAUCGACAACACAAUCACCAUCGAAUACUGGUCGAAAAAAUGGUGUAACAACUCGUUAUUGGGAUUGUUGUAAAGCAAGUUGUGGUUGGACAGGUAAAGCAUCUGUUACAAAUCCAGUGAAAACAUGUGCACGAAAUGGUAUUACACAAGUCGAUGUUAAUGCUCAAUCAGGUUGUAAUGGUGGUAGUGCUUAUAUGUGUAAUAAUCAACAACCAUGGAAUGUUAGUUCAACUCUUUCAUAUGGUUAUGCUGCUGCAUAUAUAUCUGGUCAAAGAGAAUCUAAUUGGUGUUGUGCUUGUUAUUCAUUAAUAUUUACAACAGGUCCUGUUGCUGGCAAAGAAUUAAUUGUACAAGUAACAAAUACAGGUGGUGAUCUUGGUGAAAAUCAUUUUGAUCUUCAAAUGCCUGGUAGUGGAGUAGGUAUUUUCGAUGGAUGUUCAAGUCAAUUUCCUGAAGUUACUAAACCUUUAUGGGGUCAACAAUAUGGUGGUAUUAGUCAACGAUCACAAUGUAACAAUUUACCAACCGUUUUACAACCUGGUUGCUUUUGGAGAUUUGAUUGGUUUCAGAAUGCUGACAAUCCAAAAAUGUCUUUUAAAGAAGUUCCAUGUCCAGCUGUUCUUACAGCAAAUACACAAUGUGUUAGAAGAUAG